AUGGCUCUUAAGGAUACUAUUUCAGAUAACAACUCAUUACCUGUUGGUGGUAGUUUGUUUCAUGUUAGGUGCUGUGCACACAUUCUGAAUUUGUUGGUACAAGAUGGGCUAGGUAAAAUUAAAGGUAUUAUUCAUAAAGUUCGUGAGAGUGUCAAGUAUGUCAAUUUUAAUGAUUCAAGAUUUAAAACAUUUGUUGAGAUUGCUGAAAACAAGCAUUUGAAGGAGAAAAAACUCAUCAUUGAUUGUCCCACAAGAUGGAAUUCUACUUACAACAUGUUAUCUGUGGCUUUGAAGUUUAAAUCUGUGUUUCCUGUGUAUAAGGAAAGAGAACCUCACUACAAUUACGAACCAUCAUCAGAGGAUUGGAGAAAAGUUCAGAAGAUUUGCAAACUUUUAAAAGUUUUUAAUCUUGUUACUCAUGUCAUUUCUGGUAGUGAGUAUCCUACUGCAAACUUGUACCUUCCUGAAGUUUGGAGAGUGAAACAAGUAAUUGAUGAUGCUAUUGAAGAUAGAGAUUCCUUCAUGAGAAAAAUGGCAACCUCAAUGAAAGAAAAGUUUGACAAAUAUUGGGGAGAAUGCAAUAUGGUAAUAUCUUUUGCUUGUGUUUUGGAUCCUAGGUGCAAAUUACAUGUUAUUAAAUUCUGUUUUCCUUUAAUUUACAAACCUGAGCAUGUGGCUGCUGAAAAUAUUGAAAAAGUGAAGAAUACAUUGCAAGAAAUGUAUGAUGAAUAUGCUGAAAAAUAUCAUGGUGAAACAAUAAUAAGUGGAGUUAACACUAAUAGUCUAGUUGCUUCUUCUAAUGUGGUUAGUUCUGAAAUUAGUGGAAUUGAUGAAAUGUUGAAUAUGGUUCGAGAAAAAGAAGCCAUUCAUCCAACAAAAUCAGAAUUAGAAGUUUAUCUUGAUGAGAGUGCUUAUAUUCCUGAAGGCAAUUCUAAGUCUUUUAGUGCUUUGGAGUGGUGGAAAAACAAUAACUUGAAAUUCAAGGUUUUAUCUAAAAUGACAGCAGACAUAUUAGCAAUUCCUGUCUCAACGGUGGCUUCAGAGUCUUCAUUUAGUGCUGGAGGAAGAGUUAUUCAUGAAUAUCGUUCUCGACUAAAUCAAGAGUCCAUUGAAGCUCUCAUUUGUGGAGGAGAUUGGCUUCGGAACAAGUAUGGUUUGAAGAAAAAACCAAAGGUGUUGGAACAGGAAGAUUAA